AUGAUGAAUAAACUAAAAAAAACUAAUUUAUCUUCAAUUCAAGAAGUAAAAUAUACUAUAGACGACUCAGUUAGUCCGUUUAUGACUACAAUGGGAUAUCAAGAAACUUAUCUUUUAAUGAAUAUAAGAUUUAUUCUUGGAUAUACACUUGUUAUUAUAUGUUCAAAUGUUGCUACAUGUAAUUAUAUUUUUGGUUUUAAGCCUUCUAAAACAUAUACUUUAUGGGGAGUUAUUGGAUAUUUUAUUUUAUAUGGAUGUUAUACUUUAUGGAAUUGUACAGCAGGCAGAAGCAUUAUUUAUCAGGGAAGAAAAGGCGAGAUUCGAUUGAGUAUUCGUUCAUCUAUUAAUAAAAAAGGGCCUACAUAUACAUUGACUAUUGAAAUACUGAAGGAAGGUAUUCUAAAAAAGUUUUUGGCUAAAGAAAUGUUUAAUUUAUGGUUUACUGAGGAUGGAAUUUUUGAAAAAGAUCAAUUUGAUAUAUGGCUUAAAAAUAUUAUUAAACAAAUUGAAGAAGGGAAAGGAAGUUUUAUUAUUGAUAUAUCAAAUAUAAUAAAAAAAAGAAGAGUAGAUAAUUAAAAAUAUAGAAGAUAUUUUUCGAAAAUAAUGUAUGAAGAUUUUUAAUUAAGUUUAUCAAUUGAUAGAGUCAACAUCGCUUUUUAUAUUAUAUUGUGAUAGAUCAAUUUCUGUUCCUACUUUCAAAUUAUAUGAACUCCCUU